AUAUGCAUCGUCCUACCAGAUUGCGAAAGACAACAUAUAUUUAUGACCUAAAAGAAUCGCCUGAAACAUAUCCUUGCAUUUUAUCGAUUAUCCCGCUUAUUCUCUCAAGCGCAUUUGCUUGCUUCCCGAUUCGCCCGCCUGGUCACCGUAUUACUGUAUUUGCAAAUCAAUACGCUGAUUGCCUGCACGCAAAUCCUCCACAUGAGCCAGCGAAGCCUCAGGAAGUUCAGCAACCUUGAUUUGUGGAGCCGUGUCGUGAUUUUGAUCGAGACCAUUCAAGGAAACAUGUGGCAAGCGUUUGGCCUCUCAGGAAAGUAUACAGACCGAUGGCAUAGGGGUGAGUGUCAUCAAGCAAAAUUUCCCAAGUGCCAAAGGAGACCGACAGAAGAAGACCAAGGUUCUGGGCGAGGAUGUGCUGUACGUUGACUUGCUUGUUCCGAUUGACCAAAAAUGCCUGGAGGGCCGCUGUGUAUUGAUCGACCGAGGAUGAAGAGAUUUGCUCUCCUGCAUGCACGAAUAUUAAGAAGCAAAUGCAAGUACCUUUUUAACGCUACA